AUGUGGAAGACGACGACGAUCGCUCUCUUGAUGGUUUUCGCGGCGCUUCAAGCUGAAACGACGACCGCUGUGCAUCCGUCCUUGUAUCACAGGAAGUUGCUAGAGCUGCAGCCUGGCCAGCCAAUCUCGCCGUUUCGGUCCGUUCCAUCUGGUCCCGACGACCCUUUGCACUACCACCGCCGCCGUGGACACAAAGAGUGCGUAGCGAGCGAAGCAAGCGCCUGUUCAUCUUCUUCUACUGCGCCAACUGUCGAAAAACCUUUUGCUAGUGCUGCUACUGCUACUACUACCACUGCCACUGAUGCUCCAUAAAGUUCCUGGUUUUCUAGUA